AUGUGUGAUAAGAUUAAUCCGGAAUUCCUGAUCUGUUUGGUGGAGAGCAGGCCCGCGCUAUGGGAUAAGAGCUUGGAGAACUACAAAGAUUUCGGCAUAAGAGCUGCCGCCUGGAGAGAUAUUUGUAGAAUUAUGAAUCCAGAAUUUAACACGAUCACAAGGACACAACAAAACGCUUAUGUCAAAUUUAUCAUGAAGAAAUGGAUAAAUAUAAGAGACGCUUGGAAAAAAAGUCUCGCUGAUAUAAAAAGGAAAUCCUACAAACACAACGCAAGGCUGAAAUUUUUGGAAAAGAAUUUUACCAAUAGGAUAAAGCUAAGCUUGAACAAUACUGAGCCUGAGGAUGACAGCGACACUAACAGUGAUAGCUCUACAAAUGGUGACAAUACAAAAGAAGAAAAUGAAAAGAAAAAAAAUGAAGAGUCCACCCAAGAAGAAAAUGAAAUUAACGCGGUUCAGUUCAUGGACAUAAAAUCUAUUGAAGAAACCAGUCCUCAUAUUUCAUUUGUGAAAGGACUUUUACCAUUUUUAAACAAACUUGGAGAAGACGAAGUUCUAGAGUUCCAAAUGGGAGUUAUCCAGCUUUUGUGGAAUAUUAGGAAGAAAGGCAGGACCGUUGAUCAAUUAUCCGUCGAAGGAAAUGAUAUGCCGUCUUCGAGCUUUACUUUAUCACAUUUAAAACAGCACGAGCCU